AUGAAAAGAUCUAUGGAUGCUAUCCGAGAGUCUCGUCCCCGAAAGAGGAAUAAAUAUGCACGAGUAGCCUGCACAUUAUGCAAGGUCCGAAAGGUUAAAUGCAGCGGUAACCAACCCUGCAGUCGCUGUGAGGAACUCCAGAGUGAAUGUAUCUACAACGAACCUCUUCACCCUGAGACGCACAUCAUCAGCCCCCAGUCAAUCCAGCCUGACCUGGAACUUUCGGUUUCACGUCUCAAUCAGACCUGCGAUCUGAUUCAAGAAUUGGUGGGCCGUUCUGUCGACUCGCACCAAAACCGGCCUAGUCUGCAACGAAAAAAUACAAGAGUCGAUGAAGAUGUGCAAUCUCAAUCACGUAUCUCAACAGACUUCAGGAAUACCUUGGAUUAUACUAAAUGCCUCUUGAAGGUAGAAGGAUCGCCAUCCCAACCAGAUUUCAACAAUCUUAGCCGUUCUUCGCUUGCUGGGGACAAGGUAAAUUCUUCCACAGACGCCUUGAUUACUUUACUCCAGGCCGCGCGCCCAGUUUUGCAACUUGGUUAUGAAAAGAUCAACCAACUUCAUACGGUUUUUAUGCAAGAAAUCUACCCACUCUAUCCUUGCAUUCGUUUGCACUUGACGAGGGACAUUGUCGACACGGUAUUCUCCCUUCUGGCUCGUGGCCCCUACAGUGCUACAUACGACCUAGAUGUGAUUGAUAUCGAGAUCAUGAAAGCAAUUGUGGCAAUUGCCUUGCUGGCUCAAGGCGACACCCAAAAUCCAUUAGCCUCCGAUCUUGAGGGCCAUCUAUUGUGGAGCGUAGAUUCCUGCUACGAUCAGGAGCACCCACAGAUUGAAGAUAUCGUCAUGGCAACUUUGUUGUCUCUUUAUUUAGACCUCAAGCAUAAGCCAAUCAAAGCAUGGCGAAUGUCCGGAGUCGCGGCUAGAUUUUGUCUUGAACUCGGCUUUCAUCAAGAACACUUCUUCGAUAGUGCUGGCAUGCAUCCGGAUCGGAUGUUAGACUGGCUACCCUGGACACUUCAUGAUAGUGAUAUUGAUGUAACUGCACUUGGACUGGAGCCCCAAGAAUCGUUUUUAGCAACCAUGAUAUCUCUAGACAGAAGUCUCUCCGAAACAUGGGUAAUCAUCAACUCUCCGUCUCCGCAAAGGAAACGGAAUCGCGAACGCGUCGAAUUUCUCAACUUUCAGCUCCAAAAUCUCGUUAAUAACAUACCAACAGACGAAUUCGCCCCAUUGGAGCCAUCACUAUAUUCGCCAACAUGGCUACAGGUCGGAUUACAGCUGUUCUGUCGUCUUCGCGUACGUCACAUCAAGAUGCUCAAUUAUGUCGGAUCGUUUGAUUCAAUCAGGGAUCUCAUAUCGCAACCACAAUCGGCCAGAGCCCUUGUCACUUCUGCCGCUGAGGCUGUGGAUAUUGCUCUGGAAAUGAUUAACAAUAAUGGCGGCAAAACCAGUCCGCUUCUAUUACCAUCAACAUUCAAAUUUCUUCUCUCUUCUCUCUCGUUUAUGCUAUUGGUCGUCUCGCAUUACCCGACACAGUAUAGAGAUAUGUGCAGCAAGCCUUUCCACAAUGCUAUUGACAUGCUUAAAAACAUGCAGGGCGUCGUUGAAGACCCCAGUCUUGAUAUCUCUGGGGCAAUACAAGAGCUGCAGAAGAUUGCUGAAGCCAUUCAGCUGAUGCUACCACCAGCAGCUGAGCGAUCAGCGGCUUCCUUGCUCUUGGCAGAUUCCAAACAUGAAGCAAACAACAGCGCACACUUAGGCCAGACAUAUACUGGACCAAAUGUGUUUGAUGAGCUUCAGACACCGGAUUCCGACUUUUUCACUAAUUUAGGAGAUGUCAAUAUUUCUGCACCUGAUUUAUUGUACAUGAAUAUGAACAACAUGUUUGACUAG